CGCGGGAGGCUGAGGCGGCCGGCGGGAGGGACGCGGCUGGGGCCGGAGCGGAGCGGGAGUGGAGGCCGCGCGACCAAGGGGCGGCGGAGCAGCAGGAGCCGGGCGGGCCGGGCUCCAUGGCGCCAGCGGCGUCGGUCUGAGCAACGCGAGUAGCGGCGGGCAGAUCCGGCCGCGGCUCCUCCUCGUCAUGGGGGACGUACUGUCCACUCACCUGGACGACGCUCGGCGCCAGCACAUCGCAGAGAAAACCGAGAAGGUUCUGAAGGAGUUCCUCCGUUUCUAUGAGGACCAGUAUGGCGUGGCACUCUUCAACAGCAUGCGCCACGAGAUUGAGGGCACCGGGCUGCCCCAGCCGCAGCUGCUCUGGCGCAAGGUGCCCCUGGAUGAGCGCAUCAUCUUCUCAGGCAACCUCUUCCAGUACCAGGAGGACAACAAGAAGUGGAGGAACCGCUUCAGCCUUGUGCCGCACAACUACGGGCUGGUGCUGUACGAGAACAAAGUGGCCUAUGAACGGCAGGUGCCACCCCGAGCCAUCAUCAACAGUGCAGGCUACAAAAUCCUCACCUCCAUGGACCGGUACCUAGAGCUCGUUGGCAACUCUUUACCAGGGACCACAUCGAAAUCAGGCUCUGCUCCCAUCCUCAAGUGUCCCACGCAGUUCCCACUCAUCCUCUGGCAUCCCUAUGCACGUCACUACUACUUCUGCAUGAUGACAGAAGCCGAGCAGGACAAGUGGCAGGCUGUUCUGCAGGACUGUGUCCGGCACUGCAACAAUGGCAUCCCAGAGGACUCCAAGGUGGAAGGCCCUGCCUUCACGGACGCCAUCCGCAUGUACCGCCAGUCCAAGGAGCUGUAUGGCACGUGGGAGAUGCUGUGCGGGAACGAGGUCCAGAUCCUGAGCAACCUGGUGAUGGAGGAGCUGGGACCUGAGCUGAAGGCAGAGCUGAGCCCCCGGCUGAAGGGAAAGCCGCAAGAGCGGCAGCGGCAGUGGAUCCAGAUCUCGGAUGCUGUGUACCGCAUGGUAUACGAGCAGGCCAAGGACCGCUUCGAGAAGGUGCUGUCCAAGCUGCAGCUGGCCCGGCCGGCCAUGGAGGCCGUCAUCCGCACCGACAUGGACCAGAUCAUCACCUCCAAGGAGCACCUGGCCAGCAAGAUCCGAGCCUUUAUCCUCCCGAAGGCCGAGGUGUGCGUGCGGAACCACGUUCAGCCCUACAUCCCGUCCAUCCUGGAGGCCCUGAUGGCGCCCACCAGCCAGGGCUUCACCGAGGUUCGGGACGUCUUCUUCAAGGAGGUCACGGACAUGAACCUGAACGUCAUCAACGAGGGCGGUAUCGACAAGCUGGGCGAGUACAUGGAGAAGCUGUCCCAGCUGGCCUUCCACCCCCUGAAGAUGCAGAGCUGCUACGAGAAGAUGGAGCCUCUGCGGCUUGACGGGCUGCGGCAGCGCUUCGACGUGUCCAGCACGUCGGUGUUCAAGCAGCGAGCCCAGAUCCACAUGCGUGAGCAAAUGGACAACGCAGUGUACACCUUCGAGACGCUUCUGCACCAGGAGCUGGGGAAGGGGCCCACCAAGGAGGAGCUGUGCAAGUCCAUCCAGCGGAUCCUGGAGCGCGUGCUGAAGAAGUACGACUACGACAGCAGCUCCGUGCGCAAGCGGUUCUUCCGGGAGGCGCUGCUGCAGAUCGCCAUCCCCUUCCUGCUCAAGAAGCUGGCCCCCACCUGCAAGUCGGAGCUGCCCCGCUUCCAGGAGCUGAUCUUCGAGGACUUCGCGCGCUUCCUCCUGGUGGAGAACACGUACGAGGAGGUGGUGCUGCAGACGGUCAUGAAGGACAUCCUGCAGGCCGUGAAGGAAGCCGCCGUCCAGCGCAAGCACAACCUGUACCGGGACAGCAUGGUCCUGCACAACAGCGACCCCAACCUGCACCUGCUGGCCGAGGGCGCGCCCAUCGACUGGGGCGAGCAGUACGGCGGCGGCGACGGCGGCGGCGGGAGACGGGGGGAGGCGGCGGCAGCCCCAGCCUCGGGGCCCCCGAAGCGGUCACCCCCGUCCGAGAAGCGCCGUCGGGCCAAGCAGGUGGUGUCCGUGGUCCAGGACGAGGAAGCCGGGCCGCCCUUCCCGGCGGGCUCGGAGCCGCCACCCCCCGCCUCCCCGGACAGUGUCACCGAGCUCCGCGGCCUGUUGGCUCGGGAUCCGCGGGCCGAGAGCCCCCCGCCGGCCAGCCCCCUGCCCAACGGGGCUCCCGCCCGGGAGAGCCCCCGGCCCGGGGCCGCCCCCGAGGCCGCCUCACCGCCCGCCUCGCCCCUCCGGCACCCCCCACCCGGAAAGGCUGUGGACCUCGAGCCCCCCAAGCCCAGCGACCAGGAGACCGGAGAGCAGGUGUCCGGCCCCGGCGGCCGCGCCCCCAUCCACACCACCACCGAGGACAGCGCCGGGGUGCAGACGGAGUUCUAGGCCGGUCGCCCCCGUUCCCGUGGAGGACGCAGCUCGGGGGAGGGCCCCAGCCGGGCCGGCGCGGCCGUGGGGGUGGAGGGGGCAGCGCGGGGCGCCCCGCAUUGCUCUUCUGCAGGCUGAUCUCAGAGGCAGGGGCUGGUUUCAAGCU